AAAAAGAAACGGAUUUCUAGGAAAUUCAUUUAUUUAAUCUGGCGCAGUUACACUAACUAACAGCAACGUUAGGACGGUUAAGUUAGGUGUAGACUAUUUACUCGUAUGCUUGUUAUUUCAUUGUAAAAAAACAUUUUCAAACAUUUAAAAGCCUAUGAAGGUUUUUUUUUAUAUAGUGAUCAACUAACAUAAGUUUUAAAUAGCCAAUUAUAAUGGAAAAAUCUGCACAAGAAAAAGCCCAGCUAAGCAAUGAUAAUGACCCCCCACCAGUUUAUAGUGAGACUCCCAUGGGAGGUGCACCGUAUUCUAAUGAUGGUGCACCUUAUCCUUCUGAAGGAGGUGCACAGUAUCCACCACAGAAAGGUGCACUAUAUCCCCCACAAGGAGGUUCACUAUAUCCCCCACAAGGAGGUACAGUGUAUCUCCCUCAAGGAGGUUCACAAUAUCCACUUCAAGCCUAUCCAGCAGGAGGAACGACAUAUCCUAAUUAUCCUUAUAUCCCCGUGGGAGUUCAACAGGGACCGAGCCAGCAGACAUCGAACACUGUUGUGGUUGUGAUGCCUACAGCAAACGAGCCAGCAAAGAAUACAGUUGUAACCGUCCCUGUGCCCCCUGAUCAAAUGUGUGCGGCCAUAUUUGUCACCUUAUGCUGUUUCUGGCCAACUGGAAUUGUGGCCAUCUUGAGGGCCAGUAAUGCACGAACUGCCCUGGCCCAGGGGGACUUAACGUCUGCCCAAGUCUACUCAAGAACUGCCAGAAGUAUGGUCAUCAUCAGUGUUGUGCUGGGCAUUAUUACCUACAUCCUUAUUAUAAUAAUUACAAGUGCUAGCUAGUUUAUUUAGUGGAGUUUUCAUACAACUGCUUCAAAUGUAUUUAAAGUUCUCAGGUAUAGCAAAAAGAUGCUUACAAUAUUUUUAAAUAUCUACAGCUGUCUGAAUUAGAAUUCAUACAAACAUAGCAAAUAUUAGUAGAUAGUAGUUUUGGUCAUUAAGUGGUUUUUUUUUUUUUUACAUUUUUCCAUCCUAAAAGUAUUUUGAUUCUUACUUAAACUAGACUUUUUAAAUGAGUGAAAGCCAAAUGGCUGGGGCACAAUUUACUUUUAACUGUUUUGACUGGUUUUGCGGAAAGACUUGUUCAUGAGUGGUCUGGCUGUGUCUAAGCGGCUCCGGAAAUAAAUAAAAACCUGUCAGUCCCAACUGAAAUUUUUUUGUAGUGCAUUUUUAUUCCGUCUCAAGCCUGAGGAUGGAUGCUUACAAAAUGAAAGGUCACUUUUUCAAAUACAUUAUACAGACAUGCCAAAAGCAGAACUGUUCCGUUUUAAAAAAUAAAUAAAUUCGUGUCCAGUUCCACCA